CGCGGAGGAGGCAGCCAGUUAAAAAUCUCACGCUAUCGCACGAGUACACGACGCACGACAGCGUCGACAGGGGAAAAAAAAGAGAAAGAAGGAGACGGCGCCAGGCGCCAGCCGCCCACCAAUCUUUUCUUCAUUCUUGUGUCUCGUCCUCCCGCCCGCCUCCAAACCCGAAAUCCCGAACCCUAACCUCCCAGAUCUCUCCCCGAGCCGGCGAGCCCAACCGCCCCACCAUGCGGAUCCGCAGGUACGCCUCCCGCAUCCUCGGCCUCACCCACACCUCCGUGGCGCCGGAACCGACUCCUCUAGUCGAGGAGCUCCCGCUCCCGCAACCGCCGCCGCGGCUGCCCCCCGCCGCCUGCGAACCCCACGCCUGGAGCUGGAGCACUGGCUUCACGUACCCUACUGCCUCCGCGGAGACUUGUGAGCUGAGCCGCUCGCCGUGGGACCUCAUCAGCGAGCUCCACUGCUUCGAUCCCCAGGAGAAGAAACACGUGGAGAGCUACUUCGUCCAUGUCAUCGGCCGGGCGAGCUGGCUGUUCCCGACCUGCUUGCCGGCAGCCACCUCCGUCGAGGAGAACAAGCCAGCCAUUGCAGUAGUCAACGGGGUCAGCGUCCAGCCAGGCUAUGAGGUUGCGAAGAAGCUGCCUGUGAAGAACAAAGUGGGGAGGGAGAGCAAGCCUAAACGCAAGGUAGAAGCUAAGAAAGAUGGCCAUGGCGGUUCUGUCGGAGUAGCACAAGGUUUGACGUGCAAGGAAAGCGAUGGCAAGAGCUGGUUCUGUGGACGGCCGGUGUGCCAGCCCAACUCCAAGAAACGCAGGAGGAAGUCAGCGGACGCAGGCGAGGGGUUCUACUACUACGCGGGGUUCGGCCCUUUCCGCACCAAGAAGAGGCAUUGCGGAACCAGCAGCAGGACGCACGAAUCUGCAGCCGCAGAACAAGAUCAAGAGGAGGCACCGGCGCCGCAAGACGUUAUGCCCGAGUCUGCACGUGCAGAGCAAGCUGAGGAUCCACUGGAAGACAUCACGCACGAACCUGCACCUCCGGAACAAAAACAGGAUCUGCCGGAAAACACCACGCUCGAACAACCUGCACCUGCUCCGGAACAAGAACAGUUGGCAUUGCCGGAAGACGACUGCGCUGCUCCUAUCGGAGAACAAGCUCAAGCUGAUGACGCUCACCGCCAUCAGGCGGCAGCCCAGCUUGACCGGUCUAGACGUGAAGAUAUAGCCGGGAUUGCAGGCAUCGACGAGGAGAGCAGCAGUGACAACGCGUAUUGUUACAGUGGCAAGGGUAAAACCCGAGUCAUCGGUGUCAACGGUGAAAGCAAGAGGAAGGGCCCAUGGAAAAAGCGGUGGAGGAAGCCCAUUAAGGCCCGGUCGCUCAAGUCCUUGAUGUACGUAAGCGCACACGGACUGCCUUGACUGAAGUCACGACACGCUCAAAAAGAAAACGAAAAAAAAGAAAACGAGAAAAGUUGUCGCUACGGCCGAUUGAUUAAAGGUGAGUUCACGAGACCAGUUAUGACUUUGAUGAGGUCCUAGUUGUGGGGCACGUAGGAGAGCCGGAUAUCCAAUUAGGAAGCUCAUAAUGUUGCUAGGUCUGUUAUUUCUUCAUCGUUUUCGGACGUCAGUUGAGGGCGCUUGUGCCCCCUGACGGUGUACCUCUAAACAUCAUGAGUUAAUAAAGUUCUGUUUACCCUAGA